CUGAGAUCACACUGAAGAGAAUGGAGUCAGACAAGAAAAUCACUAUUCUGAGGGAAGGAUUCAUGGUGAAGAGGGGUCACGUUGUUCACAACUGGAAGGCUCGCUGGUUUGUUCUGACGCCAGACAAGCUGCUUUAUUACAAAUACGAUGGAAGCAGAAGAGACUCGUGUCAGAGAGGAAAAAUCCUGCUGAAGGACUGCGUGAUAACUUGUCCUUUCUUGGAAUUUGAAAAUCGACCGUUGGUGUUCAAGCUGCAGACAAAGCACGGCGUGAAUCACUUCUUGGAGGCCUGUUCCCGAGAGGAGAGGGACGAGUGGGCUGCUGAGAUCACUGCUGAGGUCAACAAGCUGCAGACGGGCGAUGGUGGGAAGGUGACGGACCAGCAAGACCCCGACGGUUCCCAGUUACACAACAUCAACCUGAGCAAAGUGUUGGACUCCAUGUAUGACGUCCACAGCGGCAUCAAGAUGAGCAACCACGUGGAGCAGGGCAGCACCUACAGCAACUGCUUCUCAGGCUCAGCGGUGGUGGACUGGCUGGUGUUCAUGCAGCUCGCUCUGACCCGUGUGGAGGCCGUGACGUUGGCCUCGGCUCUGCUGGAGGAAGGUUUCUUGAGAACCGUCGGCCUGAAGAGCGUCGCUGCUCUCCGGACGGCAGGCCUCAGCGAGCAGUUCAUGGACGACUCCACUGCUCUCUACAGCUUUUCUGACAGUCUGAAGAAAAGAGGCAGCGUGAAGGCAGAGACGUCGCUGUCUGCAGUGGAGCUCAGUGGAGCUGUGAUGAAGAGAGGAUUCCUGCUCAAACAGGGACACCGACGGAAGAACUGGAAGGUGCGACUGUUCGUGCUGCGUUCAGAACCUGCAUUCCUUCACUAUUAUGACCCCACCUCGGAUGACAUCAGCCCAGUGGGCGGCUUCUCGCUGCGAGGAUGUCUGGUGUCGUCUCUGGAUGAUAACGGAGUUCCCUCAGGUGUGAAAGGCAACAUUCAAGGCAACCUGUUUAAAAUCAUCACUCAGUCGGACACACAUUACUUCAUCCAGGCUCCGAGUCACCAGGACAAGAUGGACUGGAUCGAUGCAAUCAGGGAGCAAACAUAGAGCCGCCGGUUCCACUUAAAACCACAUCUUGUUCUUUUAAUCUGCUAUGAAGAAGAUUGAAUCUAAACAUUCUGUGAAUGUGCUGUAGCAGUAGAGUAGAUGGUUCGUAACAUUUCUGUUCAUUUGUCUCUGAAAUUUUGGCACAUUUAGUCUGAUUAUUGUUUAUUUUAGAGUUUGUAAAGGCCAACAGUUGUAGCAGUUCAUCUUGUAGUCAUUCUGUUUAAGUUGAUAUUUUUGUUUAACAGAUUAUUUAAAAAAUAAUCAUUUGGACUAUAAUUCAAAUGGUGAAUUUUAUGUACUUGGUUGUAAUUUCUAUGUAAUUCUUAUUUUUUUUUGCUCCUAAUUCUGGGAGAAAUAUUGUCUUCUGUAUUUUACUACCACUACUUUUCUUUUUCCUUUAUUUUUUUGAAUUUUUAUUUGACAGCUGUAGUUACCUCACACAACAUGUGAUAAACCUACAACAUACCAAACACAAUUAGGGUAUGAAUCAGUGGUUCCCAACAUUGUUGGCUUGUGACCCAUUACAACAAACUUUUCAGAGGUCUGUGAGAGCCACAUCUCAUCUAAACAUCUCAGAUGAUUUCGCUUGGCCCAAACUGGAAAAAUACUCCAAUAUUUUCUUUCUUUCUUUCCCAAACCUUUUAAUAAUCUCAUGACCACACAGAUAAAUAAAUACAUUCAAACAAAUGCAUAUUGCAGAUGUUACUUUUACUUGUAGUGUGCAGGUCUUGCACACUGCGAUGAUUAAUCCUUCUUCUUCAUUAUUCCAUUUACUUCAUGGAAAGCACCAGUUCCCCAGAGCAUGAUGGUGCCACCGCCAUGCCUGAUUGUAAGUUUGGUGUUCUUUGUGUUAAAGGGCUCACCUUCUUUCCAAACAUAUUUCUGGUCAUUGUGGCUACAUUUUUGUUUCAUCUGACAGCAGAACUUUCCUCUAGAAGGCCUUUUCUUUGUGCAGCAACAAACUUAAAUCGAGCCUUAAGGUGCGAUUCCUGGAGGGAGAAUCUAUUCACGUCUUGCAUGGCGGCCUCUAAAACACUGUGAACACUGACAGCUGUGUUCCAGCAGCUCUUAAUUCAUGCAUAGCUGCUUUUUGGUGAUUCUUGGUUGACUCUUGACCAUCCUGACUAGUUAUCUCUUGGCAGCAGGUGAUGGUUGUUUUCUUCCUGGUCGUGGCAGUGACACAACUGUACCAUGCACUUUAUAGUUACAAACAGUUGUUUGCACAGAUGAUUUUGUGAUCUUUAGCUACUUUAAAAUGGCUAAAAGGGAUUUUCUUGACUUGUUCAAGUUAAGGAUUUGCUUUUUCAGAUUUCUGCUGAGCUCUUCUGACUUCCCCACUUUAAUGUUUGUGGCUGAGUCUAAUGAGUGGAACUAAUGGGUCCUAUUUAAAUUGGUUCAAAGGAGUCAGCAGUGAGAAAUUAAAAGGACAUGCCACGAAGAAAAUUUGAUUAACACAACUUUCUCCAUCACCCAAACUUAUAAUUCCAGUUGCUGUAUGUAUCUUUGUGACUCAGCAUUUUGUCAUAUUUCCAGAAGACCUAAAAUAAAUCUAUAAAAGCACAGAAA